AUGAUUACCUGUUGCUUGCACAUCACUACCCGUCUCUCUCCCAAGAAGAUAACCAGUUACAGGUUUAGUCAUCGGGUUCAUUCCCAUCGUAGAAGCAAGAACAGAAAUUGGGAUUUAGGGUUUUCAGCUGCAGAAAUUGCAAUGGUGCUAUCAAUAUGGUGUUUUCGAGAAAAAUUUGUAACCGUGGAGGACUUAGGAAAAAGAUACGAAGAAGUGAUCACUAGUGCAGUUGAAACUGAAGAAGCAUUGGGAACUUACCAUGUACAGGAACCAAGUUGCGAAGCAGAUGAUGGAGCUAAUACUACAACAAUUGAUGAUUAUGAACCAUUUAUAGAGGAUUACUCACUUUAUGUUGAUUAUGAUGCUCAGUUUAAUGUUGAAACUUCAUUUGAAAAACAACCAGAAGUGGAUUAUCUAGAGGGUAUGGUGAGUGAUGAUAGUGGAGAAGCUUUCUACUCUGAGAGUGGCCAUGGUUCUGAGGAUAGUGGAGAUGAUUCUAAUGACAGUGAAUACAAUGUGGAUGAGUCUAACAUACAAUUUGAUGUAGAUGUAGACAUGAGUGAAUUCCAUAAUGUUGUUGAUGUAGAUGAACAUGGAAUCUUGAACAAUCAUUCAAAAGAUGAAGGGAUUGACAUGGUUGAUGAUGAGUUGGAAGUUAUUGCCACUAAUGAUUAUCAAUUUGCAGGAUUUCAUGAAGAUGAUAGGAAGAGAUUGCUAAAAGAGUUGAGUAAGUCAAGUAUAUGCUCACAUGGAGAGGUUCAUGUUAAACCAUUUCAGAUUGGUCAGGUCUUCAAAACCAAGCUUGAUGUUAAAAACUACAUGAGCUCACAUGCUGUAGCAACAAGGAGGACUUUAUACCUAGCCAAAAAUGACAAAAUCCGGAUUAGGGUGAAAUGUAAAGGUGCUGUAAAAGAAGUGAUCACUAGUGCAGUUGAAACUGAAGAAGCAUUGGGAACUUACCAUGUACAGGAACCAAGUUGCGAAGCAGAUGAUGGAGCUAAUACUACAACAAUUGAUGAUUAUGAACCAUUUAUAGAGGAUUACUCACUUUAUGUUGAUUAUGAUGCUCAGUUUAAUGUUGAAACUUCAUUUGAAAAACAACCAGAAGUGGAUUAUCUAGAGGGUAUGGUGAGUGAUGAUAGUGGAGAAGCUUUCUACUCUGAGAGUGGCCAUGGUUCUGAGGAUAGUGGAGAUGAUUCUAAUGACAGUGAAUACAAUGUGGAUGAGUCUAACAUACAAUUUGAUGUAGAUGUAGACAUGAGUGAAUUCCAUAAUGUUGUUGAUGUAGAUGAACAUGGAAUCUUGAACAAUCAUUCAAAAGAUGAAGGGAUUGACAUGGUUGAUGAUGAGUUGGAAGUUAUUGCCACUAAUGAUUAUCAAUUUGCAGGAUUUCAUGAAGAUGAUAGGAAGAGAUUGCUAAAAGAGUUGAGUAAGUCAAGUAUAUGCUCACAUGGAGAGGUUCAUGUUAAACCAUUUCAGAUUGGUCAGGUCUUCAAAACCAAGCUUGAUGUUAAAAACUACAUGAGCUCACAUGCUGUAGCAACAAGGAGGACUUUAUACCUAGCCAAAAAUGACAAAAUCCGGAUUAGGGUGAAAUGUAAAGGUGCUGUAAGAUGA